AUCCAAGGAACAGGAGAAUCGACGUUUCGGGCAUAAGCCCUUCUUCAGGAAUGUGUAGGGAUCUGCAGAGUUAGAUGGGGCGACCUUGUGGUGUUCCCGACUUGACCUUGCGAGCAGGCGACCUGUGUAACCGAUGCUGCUGACCCAUAUUAGCAACGCCGAGAGGCGAGGAUUCCCGGAGCCAGGGCUGGUUUUAGAUGGAGCGGCUGUCCACUCCUUUUCUGGAUGAUUUGCUCGGGGGGGGGGGGGGGAGCUGAUGGCGAGACAAACAGCACUUUCCCUGCUGGCUCGAACGCCGGCGGUGUGGGAUGAGGUUGGACGCUGUGUCAGCUCGAGUCGUGCAGGCAGCUCUGGGAGAAAGGGAGCGAGAGGAGCCACACUACCGCCCGGAAACAUGUCAACUUCAGGCGGCUCUAAGGAGCCGAGACGACAGGGAGCUGUGCAAACGAUCGACUGCGAAACGCAACCUGAUAAAUACGAACUCCAGUAUCAGCUCUUCCAACUCCGGAGGAAAUUCGAGGAAGCUAAGAAACGCUACAGACAAGAGAAAGAAGCCUGGCUGAAAGAAAAGGAGAUGUUAUUGAGGGAACUCGCUGAGAUCCAAGCUGCUGAAAACAGAAGAAUUUUGUUUGAUCUUAAGUCGGUUUUGGAAGGUGUUCAGCUUAAGGUUAAAGAGGAGGAAGAUCAAAGAGCAGAACUGCAACAACAGUACUCAAGUGACAAAUAUGCUUGGGAACUAGAGAGAGCAGAACUGAAGUGUCGUAUUGAACAGCUGGAAGUAAAGGCAGAAAAACAGGACGUGGAAAAAACAACUCAAGAAACAAGAGAAGUGUUUGGAUCGGAAGGGAAAGAGCAGAAGCAGCUGUUGGCAAAUAUCCACUCAGCAGCCAUGGACCUGAGGAAACAGCUGGAGACCAGUGAGAGAAACUGGAGCAGAGAGAAGAUGGAGUUACUUGAACAAUUUGAUCAUGAAAGAAAGGAAUGGGAAAGUCAACUAAAGGACAUGCAGAGGAAGAUAGAGCAGAUUUAUUGGGAUGUCAAAUCAAGUCAAAAGUAUAAAUUGAAUGAACAGAAAACUGAGCGGAGACAAGAAAAACUCACAAGAGAUGAUUGUGCAUUGUUUAAUUUACAUGAAUGCAAUCAGUCACAUGAUGAAAAAGACCAACAUUACACAAAUGGUGCAAGGGCCCCUGGUGCAGAAAUGGAAGAUAUUGCUUUGCAUGAUACAGAUCGAGGCAUCAAAAAGAGUGGAAGUGAUCUAUUGUUUAUUGAGGAAUCAUCACUUGAACACAUUGAGGAUGGUGGUAGCAUUCAAAAUUUUGGAAAUAUCCAGAAUGAUAAAAAUAAAUUCUCCAGUGUUUUGAAUGCAGCUUUACAAGAGUUGGCAAAAGUAAGUGAAGAGCUGUGCAGUUACCAAGAGGACGUCAAGAAAAAAGUGAGCCAUGGAAGAGCAAGAUCAGUUUCACAGGUGCAAGAAAGUAAAGAGAAGCAAAAUGAAAAUAUACUUGUGAGAAAUGAAACCUCUUCAGAAGAGAGUAGCAGCACACCAGAUGAUAAGGCAUUAAGCCCUACUCUUUCAGAGUUUAAAAAAUCUUCUGAAAGGCUCCACAAUGAGAAAAACUGGAAUCACUCCAAGAAGAAUGGGCAUGGGGUUUUUCCUGGAUUUCCAGGAGGAGAUGACAUAAAUGAUGUAUCUGUCUCAAGCAAAAGAGCUCCACCAGUUCCACCAAGGACAUCGUCUUGGUACCUUGCCAGUUUAAUGUUUCCAAUCGAUCUUGGAGAUUUGCUGAAGGAAGGUACCAGUAACUACACAACACAAAAUUGUAUUGUAGAAAAAAGUUGCAGUAGUCCUUGUGUUAUGAGAAAAUUUCAACCCUCCUUGCAGGAAAGUGAACAGAAAUCGUUCACAGGUGGAAGGCCUUUCAAGACUUUAGCACCGCAAAUUCAAUGUGAUGAGAGAUCUGAAAACAAUAAGAACAAUAAAUAUAGCAGGUGGUCAUGCAAUGCAACUAAACUUGGCUUUGGAUCUGGAAACAAGUGCUUUGGUUCAGCAGUAAAGACAUUUGAUUCAGAUAAGAAUGUUUUGCCAUCUCAGGAGCAGAGCCUGGGUAAAAAUUUCAACACUGGCCUUAGACAAACAAAACCUCAAUUUCCCAAAAGUAAUUUGUCAGAGUCUAACUUUUCAUGCUCUACAUUAACAACAGGGGUUUGCAGUACCAGCAGUGUGUUUAUGCAGUCUGCAAUAAGUGCAUCUUCAAAACAACCUGAUAAUUUCAGAAAAACAGCUUUAAAAACUGAAAGCUGUGAUCCUGUUUCUGGAAAAUCUGUGGAAUUAGCACAGAAUGAGACAACUGCCUAUCCAGGAUCCAGCUUUCCACUUCACUCUGCAGAGAAUGUCCAUCCCACCAAACAGUUUCAGUUAAAGUACACUGGUUCAGCUUUUAGACCUUACACUUCACAUUACAUCAGCACCACCAAGAUAGUAGGACCAGACAAGCAUAGCAGUGGAUUUCCUAUUUGGAUUACUGAUAAUGACAAGAGCCACUUGUUUGAUAAGGUUGACUUGAUUCCUAAACAUUUUUCAAGUCCAACAGUACCAUGUACAAGAUCGGAUAUUGAUCUUGUCCAAACAGUGUUGAGAAACGGUGAAAGAUCAGUAAGUCCUUCCCUUCUUGUGAAGAAAAAUAUUGCCAAUCUUACUGAUGGCAGAACAAAGCAACAGGCAUCUCGUUCAGAAUCUUUGCACGAUAAUCCAAAUAAGAUCAGCCACGUUUUUCAAAUGCUUCACCUAAAUCAAGAAAAACAAGAGGAAAGGAAGAAGUCAAGACCAUCCCAAUGUGUCACAGGUCAACGAACAUCAUUACCUGUGACCUUGCCACCUGAGACAAUGAGAUUGAAUGGGAUGAGCUUUCCACGUCCUGCACGACCACAGAACCGCCGUUUACCGUCACGAUGGGCAAGAAAACCUCUAUCUGCAGGUGCUGUACAUGACCGAGCUCCACAGAAACAAAGUCAACAUUUCUUAUUUGAUAUAAAAACUUCGAUCAUAUAACAUUUUGAAGCGCACUGUGCAGGUUAGCAAGUGCAUUCCCUGUAUAUUGACUUUCUUAAAUGCUACUACAUUUUAAUCCUCUGUCACAUUAUAUAGCAAGCAUCCCUUUCCAUAAACAUGGCUCAGAUGGAAAAGUUUGUUGAAGUUUUAUAAUUGGUAGUCUCCAGUACCUAUAUUGACUUUGAAUCCACACACUUUGCAUAUCCAUAACAAAUUAAUUCCCAUUACAAAUUUAUUAUUUUAUGAUUUAUUUAUCAGUUAAUGUGAAUGUUUAUUUUACAAAAUUUAUGUAUUCUUCUGUAUUUUGUUGUAAAGUUGUAUAUCAGCUCUAUUCUAUUAAGAGCAGAAAGCUCAAUUAUUUGCAUGCUAAUGUGUUUGUAUAUGCAUGUGUAGUUGAAACUUGCAGCCAUGUUUUGGGUAUUUAGGUAACAUGACAUCUAUAUUACCUGUUUAUGAUCAGGAGCAAGUUUCCUUUGAAGUAAGGUUUUUUUUGUAAUUAUAUGGUGGAGGUAUAAAAGAGAGUGGCCUCAUUUCAGUUUCAAGGUGUCUUCUCAUUAUUAUUCAUUUAAGGCACUUUGAAGAACAAAAUGUUGUACUUAGUUAAGCUUUUGCUCAAUGUAAAAAAAAGCAAAUGUACAAUAUUCAAAUAAAACUGACUGUUCAGGUA